AAAAAAUAAAUGAACGUGUGACAAACUACGAUUAAUACAUAGAGCAUAAAAUGGAUUUUCAUUCAAUAUAAUAAACUCAUUCAAUUAUCCUUAUGAAUGCUUUUUCUAUCUUCUAAACAUGUCUUCCUUGUAUCUUUUAGAAUAUUAUUAUGUCUAACAUAUUUAAAUUCUCAUAGAUAUGAUACAAAAAAUUCUAGGAAUGAUAGCACAGCAAGAACAAAGUGCUUUCAUUAAAAAAGUUGACGAACACCGUUGGACUCCGCUUCAUUGUGCUGCAUACUUUAAUCAUGGUUUCAGCGCAGAAAUAUUGCUGGCAGUUGAUAGAUCUAUAGCAUACAUGAAAGAUGCAGAGGGCGUGACGGCUCUUCACAUUGCAGCUCAUCGAGGCAAUCAAUGGAUAAUGGAUGUUAUUUUACAAUAUUGUCCUGAUUGUUGCGAACUAGUUGACGAGAGAGGCUGGAAUGCACUCCAUUUUGUCGUGAACUCAUCUAGUAUUAUUUGGUCCUUUGCAGCGAAGCAUAUCCUAAAGAAUUCAUCACUCAGCAACCUUUUAAAUGAAAAGGAUUCCCGUGGGAACACACCUCUCCAUCACCAUUCCAAAUCAUUGCAUUAUAUGAAGGAUGUCAUGUGUCAUGAUAGAGUUGAUAAGAUGGCCUUCAACAAACAAAACCUCAAUGCUUACGACGUCGCUUUAACUAGUGAAGAAUUAUCUGAUAAAAAGUUUAUGGAGAUUACACGUGCAUUUAAAGACAAUCGUCGUUGUGCGGAAUUUCGAAGACCCUUAGAAGAUGAUAUCCUACCAAAGAGAAAAGAUUCUGAACGCUGGAAAGCUGAAUACGAAGCCCGUAAUGCUGAGUGGAAAGCCCGUAAAGACCGAUUUGUUUCUAUCAUGGAAAAAGCAUCCAAAACCCAUUUGGUUGUGGACACACUCAUUGCAACCGUGGCUUUUACAGCUGGUAUUACCAUGCCUGGGGGUUUCAUAAGUCAAGAAGACCCACACUCAGGCUCUCCAGUUCUGAUGAGAAACACUGCUUUCAAAGCAUUUAUUAUUACAAAUACCAUAGCCAUGGUGCAAUCUUGUUCUGCUGCCUUUAUCCACCUAUUCAUGCCACUAUUGUUUCACGAGCAGAAUCUUGGAGACUUUUCUUUCCUAUUGGCCUCACUGGCCUUCUGCCUUUCCAUAUCUGCCAUGGGAGCAAUGGUGUUGGCAUUCGUUAUGGGCACAUACGCCGUGUUAAUGCAUUCCCUGGGUCUUGCUAUAGCCAAUUCUGUCAUCGGAUUGUGCUUCUUCGUCCCUGUCUUUUUCGUAAGUAUCGGAUGUUCACGUUAUUUACUCGAAAUAUUGAUAAUGGGUUCGUCUUGGAUUCUUGACAGGUUGUCGGAUUUCUGGGACUGUAUUGUCGAAGGUUGCGAAAACCUUUGUGAAUGUAUUGCCCAUAUUUUUAAUCGCUGUAGACAGAAUUAGGUUUUUUUUUUCUUUCAUUUCCAUGUGCUUUCGAGGCAGUGUAGUAUCUGGAGACUGUUACGUACUUGGUACAACUGUUUCAGUCAUUACAUCCUCACGCUUUAAUUAAUUUUUCAAAUAGUUGUUCCUUGUAAUAAGACCAUUUAAAUUCUAUUGACUCAAUAGUGAUCAU